GCCAAAUCUACCGCUGUUUGAAUCUUGAAUCCGAGCCGGAGCCGGAGUUCGGAGCGUGCCCGAGCAGUAGGCAGGCUCAGGGCUCAGCGCUCAGCCCCUCAGACUUCAGGCGCCGCGCCGGUUGUAUUUAGUUGCGUCGCGGUUAAAUCGCAAUAACCGCGCAUUAAUUGCAUUAGCCGCGUUAGCUGUACGCUAGAAGAUAAAAAUAACAGGGCGUUGAAAAUAAAACUGCGGUGCUAUCAAAUGCGAUAACGCCGGAUAACGCUUUGAAUGCUUGAAUGCUCUGUGUGUGACGCACCUGUUCGUGCCUGUUAUCAGUAGCGCUAGCGCUCCAAGAUGUAGGCGGACUGCGCGCUACGAACUACCUACGACGCGAAGACGCGAAGACGCGGAUGGGCACUAGGGCAGGCAGCAGUUCAUUCAGCCCACUGCCAAGUGCCCAGCAGUGCCAGUGUCUGGUCUGGUCACUCUGGUCUGGUCUGGUGCCAGCACACCAGCACUCCAGCUCCAGCAGCUGACGCUGCUGACAGCUGACAGACAGCUCGUGGCUCGCGACUCGCCGUUCGCUUUGGCUCGAGUCUUAUUCUCUUAUUUCGUUCAUAGAACGUGAUAGAUAUAGCACGAAUCUGCCGCGGCUGAUGCCGCUCACCCGGUUCACCCGGCUCACCGCCGGGCUGAGUUCGGAAACGUCAGAACCCAGAACGUCACCCGUGUGACGGCAGUGCGGCAGUGCGGCAGUGCGGCAGUGACGGGCGACGAUCGUGAUACCCUGCCUUGGCUUGGAAGGUGCACCUCUGCACGAGCAGUGCACGAAUCACGAAAACCGAUACGAAGCUCGUUGGCGAGAUAGAGAGCGAUGUGAUGCGGGACGCGCGGCAUCAACGGCUGAGGCCGGGGCCGGGACCGGGGCCGCAAACCGCAAACGCAAACAGCCGGUUAGGUUAGGUGACGUUGACGUUGAGAAACAACGUUCAAGUUUCGCUUAUCGCUCGUUGACACCUCUUAAUGCGACGUUUGUCGCGUCCUCGCAUUUUAAAUUCUUACACAGGUCUAGCAGACGUAUAGCGCCAUAGCAGGCACUCAGCCACAGCUUCUCGCUCUUCCACCUUCCACCUGCUUUACAGGGACAGAUGUAUUUACGCAAUGUUGUAAAUGUAAAGGAAAGAGACCGAGAGAGUCGAGAUGAGCUGUUCUGUGGAAUUACGCCAACGUAGGCAACAGGGGAUGGCGGAGGAUCCUCAUAAACUCGCCGCGAUGAUGAAUAAAUCCCAAAGACUUGUCCUGGGGCUUUUAGUUCUAUUGCUGGUCGAUAUAAUAUGGGUUUCCAGUUCCGAGCUUACCAAAUACAUCUACAGGGAUGAAACGUUUGAAAAGCCAUUUUUUAGUACAUAUGUAAGGACAUCCAUGUUUACACUUUAUUUGCUUGGUCUGUGCUUUUGGCCACCCUGGCGGGAACAAUGCAAUAAACCUGCAACAUAUAUGUUCAUAGAUCCCAAUGUUGAAGAUGACAACUUUUAUUCGGAGGCCAAUACAAGUUUAAGCGAUCCAACGUUUGUUCCAAUAAAAACUCCGGACCAUUGCGAUCGUUCGUCGGGCACGGAAAGCGACGAUUCGUCCAUUCGCUCUGUAAGAUUCAGUAAACUGGCGGAAGUACGGCAUAUGUCGGAAAGCGAUGCCACCGAGGCUCUAUUGGCGCGACUUAGUUAUCAAGCCAGUGUUAGAGCUGGAGAACACGCGAGGCGACAGGCUAACAAAUUUUCUGUACAAAAAGUGGCUAAAAUAGCCCUCAUGUUCUGCUUAUUUUGGUUCAUGGCAAAUUACACAUACCAGAUAUCAUUGGAGCAAACUCAAGCCAGAAUCGUUACUGUAUUGUCUUCGACGUCCAGUUUAUUCACUUUGUUUCUCGCUGCCUCUUUUCCUAGUAAUGGUGGAGAUAAGUUUACGCUAUCCAAAUUAGCUGCUGUGGUAGUUAGCAUCUUUGGACUGGUAUUAGUCGGUAUUUCGGAUUUAACUAUAGAAAGUAAUAACAUGUCAACGGGCGUAAUAUUAGCUCUAGUCAGUGCUUUUUUCUAUGCUGCGUACAUUGUAUUUUUAAAAAGAAAAGUAGAUCACGAAGACAAGAUGGAUAUACCAAUGUUUUUUGGCUUUGUGGGAAUAUUCAAUUUAACACUUCUGUGGCCUUUGUUCUUUAUUCUUCAUUAUGGCCAUUGGGAAGAGUUUGAAUGGCCCAAUAGCCACCAAUGGACAUUCCUAAUUAUAAACGGUCUAAUUGGCACUGUUCUGAGCGAAGUUCUUUGGCUAUGGGGCUGCUUUCUGACAUCAUCUCUCGUAGCAACGAUGGCCGUAAGCUUAACAAUGCCCAUGUCAAUGGUAGCCGAUGUCCUCUUGAAAAAGGUUGAAUAUCCUUGUAUUUUCUAUUUGGGAAGUAUUCCAAUGCUUUUAGCAUUCCUGACAGUAUCUCUUUUAUCUUAUUACGACAAUUGGGAUCCUGUUAUGGAUUUAAUAAAAAGGUUUUUCAUCUGGAUAUGCAGGAGAAACAACAACAGAUCUGCAAGAAUCCCAGAUCUUGAAGCAGAGCAAACAGAGUCUUUAAUAGGAAUAGACAGCGGCGAUCAUGAAGCUUAAUGAGACAAUAAUAAGAGAAUUGAGAACAUGGUAAAACAUCUCGUGUUGCAUACAUCAUCAUAAUAGAAAACUUAUCAACUAAGUAUAGUAACAUAGUUUCUCGUGUGUACGUGUCUCCGUCGGCCGUGUAUACCAGUUUUCAUUUCAGUCCUCUCACUCUGUCUCAAUCCUUUUAUAUAUCUUAUGGCGAAGUAACGAUAACCACAGAAUCUUACUUUUCCCAUACGAAUGUAUCGCUUUAUUUCGCGCUAAAUAUCACACAAAAUGAUGAUAUUACUGCCUGACAAUAACACAUGCGAGUCAAUUUACACGACAAACGCAAUUAACAUGCUUUAUUCGUGCUCAUCAUGCUUUGUUCGUGCUCAUUGUGCAUUUCUGAAACUACCUCUUUGCAUUUUUCACCAGUUUAUCCUGUAUUCGCAAACGCGAAUACAGUUUUCAUAAACUGUGCUACCAAGAUCUGGUACAUACGUGUUAUUUCGAGGUCACGCAUGGUUGGGGUCUCGCGCUAUACCCUAUCCCUACCCUGUAACUGGGUUCGCAAAGGACAAGAACGUCAGUGUCUUUAUCGAAAUCUGUAUAUACUAUAUGUAAUAAGAGUUAAUGAAAAUCAAAGAAAUAUUCGUUUAUAAGAUUAUACUUUUCACUAAGCAGUAAUAUUUUUUAUGCUAUUAAAGCUUUAUAACAUUGAUGAUUAAUGAAUGAAUAACAAAUAUUAAAAACAAAUAGCACUCUGCUUCAUGCGAAAAAAGUAACGGUUUUUCACAAACGGGGCACAUCCAGUGCGUUCUGUACUUAUUGUUUUUAGUAUUCGGCUGAUUUUAGACAAAGUAUUACAAAUGAGAUAUAGUUUUAAUAAGUAAGAGUUAUAUAUAGUGGAAGGGGAGUGCUAAUACUUUUUGGACCAAUUAAAAAUUUCAUGAUAGUAAAAGUAUGAAGAGGAAGUACUCAUUCAUAUUCAUAGAGAGUAGAAAAUCAAUGACGUGAGAUCAAAGUUUUGUAUUCGACGAGAAUAAUAAUUCGAGCUACAUUUAUAUUCCAAGCGUCUAGUCAUGGCACAUCUGUCGACUCAUAUUCCGCUACUAAACUAUAUUAUAAUUUCGUCAUUUAAUUCGACAGUCGUUACAAUAGUGAUUCCAUUAUUUUGUAUAGAAAUAAUUUACGUUCGCAUUUUUCUUCCGCUU